CUUCUAGGCUUGUUCCGAUAUUGUCUUACUAUCUUCAAGGAAUCUUCACCUGGUGCCACGACAUUCAUGUCACGUGUGCAGAGGUUUGCUCGCAUGUGCAUCCAUGGAUGAAGGCCACGGUUGAAACACAUCACGUCUACUGCAAUUCCUUAUAGCAAGCGAGUGUGAGUACAUCAAGACUAUUCAUAGCUUGUGAAGACCAUCUAUCACACGCACCUCAUCAUUUUAAUGUACCAAAAUGUCGCCACUGUCUCUUGAAGGAAUCCACGCACGACAUCUGAUUGAACAGCACUUACAAAAGCCCUCAUGCAACCCAGUCUAGCACAACACCCAUACCCAGUAACAAUGCUCAGCUACAUCUACCACCCAGCAGGCCCCGUCGUCAUUCGCACAACUAGCGCCGCCAUUUCGCUCAUCUAUCGCGACCGCGGCUGGCUAAUCACACAAUCCUUUUCCGACGUCCUUCGUGACCACCCAGAAUGGCGGUCUACGCCAGCUCCUCCCACUCCAAAACCUACACACAUUUCUGGAGGGAGCAUCGCGACCCGCAUAGGUUCCGUAAUAUUACCCUUCCUCAGUACUACGAUGGCAACAAUCCCCAGCCAUGCACCGACUGGCGUGGGAAGUUUGGCGCCUAUAAUAGUCGGUAACUAUGGUAGAGGAGAAGUAGAGCGGAAAGAGCAACAAGAGUCAGUUGGUAAUUUUGCGCCAAUACAUUGGAUGACAGCGGUAGAACGAUCCUGGUACCGGGAUCGUGCGUUGCCUGUUCCGAUCAUAGGGUGGCUCAAGUGCGAUGAAGGCGAAGAAACAUUUGAGUAUAGACUUGUUGGUGGGGAGUUGGAUUUCGAGGCACCACCAGGGUACGAUGCGCACGAGUAGAUGUAGACGAUGGAGGCAGACGCCAACCGCUCAAUUGUACAUAUGGCGAGAGAAAGAUGGCGAACAUGUAUAGGAC